GUCAACGCAACAUCCCCCUUGCGGACCCGAGUCCGUUGUCCCGCGACGGCCGAAGAUCGAUUGACUUCCACACUCCAGGUCCUGUCAAUCGUUGACCUAGCGUAAUGGAAGCAUCAGACACGAGUGCGUCAGUGAAAGUUGAGGAAGAUACAACAUCACCUACCUACCAUCCGGGGUACCCGGUGUCGCCUGAUACGGACAUCACUCUACGUUCGAGCGACGGGACGCUGUUCGCCGUGACAUCGCUGCUCCUCAGGCUGACAUGGGGCUUCUUCAAGACGAUGUUUACUCUACCCAAGGAGCCUCCAUCUCCGAAUGAACCGGAGCCCAUCUCCAUGCAAGAGACCGCAGAAGUCAUCGCCGAGUUGCUCAAUAUAUCGUUCCGACUUGGAAUGCCUCCGCUCGACUCGAUCGACACCCUCGAAACGUUAUUGCGCGCUGCAGAAAAGUAUGAAGUGGCAUCCGCAGUGGUCAUGAUACGAUCCACGCUCACGUCUCCUGUUCUUGAGGCAUCCCCGAUCCGCAUCUACGGGAUUGCGUACGAGCAUGGCUGGUACAAGGAGGCGACAUGGGCUUCCUCCAAGACCCUGACACUCGACCUAUGUUCACCCGAGGCGGUGUCGGAUCUCUCGCGCAUAGACGGUGCUGCUAUCAUGAAGCUUAUGACUCUGCACCGCAAGAGAAGGGACCUCUUCCGGGUGUGCCUCGAUGAUGGUGACCUCUUCCCAUAUGCGACCACAACGCAGGUAGUAUGCCAUUCUUGCGAUGAAGACGUCGACAACAGCCCAUGGCAGGUCAUGAAAUACACCCUCAUCUCGCAGUUGGAACGCGAGGGCAUUUCCAUGGAUUAUCUAGACGGUACAAUCCUUGAAGCCAUUGUUGAUGCGAAGUGUUCGCGCUGCAAGCGGAAGAUAUACAACCCAGUGAUGGUGAGGAAGGGUUUGAGGGAUGCCAUUAAAGGGCUACCGGACAAGGUCGAGUUCCCGCAACAAGAAGUGGUGGGGCAUAGCGAACGUGACUGGAUCCGUGACGGUGGUGGCUCCAUCCGUAUCUGGCUUGGUACCACAGGGUGGUGGGCUUUGGGCGGUGUGUCUCGGUUUAGGUGGGGAAGAUCUUCCAGGGGUCGGUGCCAACGAGUGGUUCUAGUCGAAACCGUGACCUGCGCAGUGCGAGAUGACAAUGCGCAGGUUUGGAGGCUCCAUACGAGUUCUGGGCCGUGGCUGUCUUCGCGUAGGAUUGUGCUACUUACGAAGAGUAUCACGACGGACACGUGGAUGGCCCUUUCCGUUUGUUGCAUCAUGAAGACGACAUACGAAGCGCGCCCGCGCAAGCGUCUUUUCUGUCAUACAUGCUGGCCGAAGUCACGGUCGCGCUGACUGAAUGACCACCGGUACCCCUAGGCCUGCUCAGACAUGCGAUUGCACAACCUAUCUUCUCCGAUGUAUCUUCCAUCUGAUCCACCCUGGUCUGCGGUAUAUAAGCCUGUAGCAACAUGCCUCUCCUCACCAACCGCCAUUAGCCC